AUGACCCCAACACAGACUGUACCAGUCCUACGACACGACCCCAACACAGACUAUACUAGUCCUACGACAUGCCACCAACACAGACUGUACCAGUCCUACGACAUGGCACCAACACAGACUGUACCAGUCCUACGACAUGCCACCAACACAGACUGUACCAGUCCUACGACAUGCCACCAACACAGACUAUACCAGUCCGACGACACGACACCAACACAGACUGUACCAGUCCUACGACACGACACUACCACAAACUGUACCAGUCCUACUACAUUACACCAACACAGCACCAACACAGACUAUACCAGUCCGACGACACAGACUGUACCAGUCCUACUACAUGACACCAACACAGACUAUACCAGUCCUACGACAUGCCACCAACACAGACUGUACCAGUCCUACGACACAACACCAACACCGACUGAACCAGUCCUACGACACGACACCAACACAGACUAUACCAGUCCUACGACACGACACUACCACAAACUGUACCAGUCCUACUACAUUACACCAACACAAACUGUACCAGUCCUACGACAUGACACCAACACAGACUAUACCAGUCCUACGACACGACACCAACAAAGACAGAACAAGUCUUACGACACGACCCCAACAAAGACUGUACCAGUCUUACGACACGACAUCAACACAGACUAUACCAGUACACAGACUGUACCAGUCCUACGACGCGCCACCAACACAGACUGUACCAGUCCUACGACGCGACGCCAACACAGACUGUACCAGUCCUACCACAUGACACCAACACAGACUGUAUCAGUCCUACGACACGACACCAACAAAGACUGUACCAGUCUUACGACACGACAACAAGACAGAUCACUGUACAAGUAUUACGACACAACACCAACACCGACUGAACCAGUCCUACGACACGACACCAUCAAAGACAGAAAAAGUCUUACGACACGACACCAACAAAGACAGAACAAGUCUUACGACCCGACCCCAACAAAGACUGUACCAGUCUUACGACACGACAUCAACCCAGACUAUACCAGUCGUACGACACGACACCAACACAGACCGAACCAGUACUACGACACGACACCAACCCAGACUGUACCAGUCCUACUACACAACACCAACACCGACUGUACUAGUCCUACGACACGACACCAACAGAGACUAUACCAGUCCUCCGAGACGACACUACCACAAACUGUACCAGUCCUACGACGCGACGCCAACACAGACUGUACCAGUCCUACGACGCAACACCAACACAGACUUUACCAGUCCUACGCCAUGACACCAACCCAGACUGUACAAGUAUUACGACUCGACACCAACCCAGACUGCACCAGUCCUACAACAUGA